CGUCACUUCCGGUCCACACAGAGCUGGGAGAGGUGUCGGUGCAGAGCUCUAUCCUCCCAUCCCAGGAAGCAGAUUCGCCGUGUCGUAGAGGCUCUCAGAAUGCCAAGGUUGAAGGCCACAAGAGUAAAGAGGAAAAAGACAAAAGUGCCCCCCCAGAGGCUUGCUGCAAAAAGAAAGAAAACACAUUUACAGCCCCCUACAGAUUUUGAAGAGGUUGCUGUGUAUUUCUCAGAGGAAGAAUGGCGAUAUCUAAAAGUCGACCAAAUGGAACUCUAUCGACAAGUAAUGAUCGAUAAUUACCAAGCAAUCCACUCUUUGGGAUUCCACCAGCUUGAAAAGCCAACUUUAAUAUCAAAAAUUGAACAAGAUGAAGAUCUAUUUAUUACAGAAUUGAAAAAACAUUCACAAGAUGCCCCCAGCUUUAACACAGAAGUGCUCCAUGUAUCCCAGUUAACAUCUAAAGAACGGACAGUGGAAGAUAUUUAUUUAACGGGUAAUCGGAAAAACCGUAUAAAACCUUCUUCUAAUGAAAAUGGGAGUCUACCCCCCAGACAUAAGUACAACUUCCGCGAUCGAGCUGCAGUGGCGUACACUAUGUUUUAUGAUGAUGAAGCAGAAGUGAGAGAACAUAAACCUCACCAGAGCUUGCAGAGGAAGUCAGUCUAUGACAAAAUUAUAGGUGCCCCCAGAUUCAAAACCAAAGGAGUAAAUACAUCUCUGUUCACACCUAAAAAAUUGAAGGUGGAAGUAGUACACUUCACAGGUGAUCUAAAAAACAGUAUAAAAACAUCCUCUAAUGAAAAUGGGAGUCUGCCCACCAAGCAUCAGCACAAAUCCCGAGUGAAAGCUGCAGUGCAGUGCACCUCUUAUGAAGGUAAAAUGAGUGAACUUAAACCUCGCAAAAGCUUGAAGAGGAAGUCAAGCUAUGACAAAAUUGUAGGUGUCCCUAGACUCAACACAGAAGAGUUACAUACGUCUUUUUUAAAAUCUGAAAUAUUGACAGAGGAAAAAGUACACUUAACAGGAGACCUAGAAAAAGCUACAAAAACGUCCUCUAAUAAAAAUGGGAGUCUGCCCCCUAAACGUCAGCACAAAUUUCGAGACAAAUCUGCAGUGCAGUGCACCUUGUCUUUUGAAGAUAAAGUAAGGGAACGUAAACCUCGCAAGAGCUUGCGGAGGAAGUCAAGCCUUGACAAAAUUAUAGAUGUGCCCAACACAGAAGAGCUACAUACAUCUUUUUUAAAACAUGAGAUAUUGACAGAGAAAAAGUACACUUCCCAGGGGAUCUAGAAAACAGCACAAAAACCUCCUCUAUUAAACAUGGGAGUCUGCCCCUCAAGCGUCAGUAUAACUUCCGUGACAGAGGUGCGGUGGAGUACAGCAUGUUUUAUGAUGAUGAAGUUGAAGUGAGAGAACUUAAACCUCACAAAAGUUUGCAAAAGAGUUCAAGCUAUGAAAAAAUCCAACCAAAGUGUGGCCGUUACAGUUGUACUGAAUGUGGUAAAAGCUUUAGUCAAAAACAAACGCUAGUGAAACAUCAGAUGGUCCAUACUGGCAUUUCCAUCUAUGUUUGUUCAAAGUGUGAUAAGUGUUUCACUCAACGUUGUAGUCUCAAGAGACAUGAGAGAUCUCAUGCGGUGGAGAGACCCUGUGUCUGUUCUUACUGUGGUAAAGGCUUUACUGAAUCUUCAUCAUUACAUAAGCAUCAGAGAGUUCACACUGGUUUUAAGCCAUUUGAAUGUUCGGAAUGUGGCAGGACCUUCAGCAUAAGUACCUACCUUAUUGUCCACCAGAGAACUCACACCGGAGAGAAGCCCUAUGUAUGUGGAGACUGCGGGAAAAGCUUUACUCAAAGUUCCCAUCUCAUUACACACCAGAGAAUUCAUACAGGCAUUAGACCGUAUGCUUGCAUAGAAUGCGGGAAGGGCUUUUCUACUAGUUCCCACCUUAUUACUCACCAGAGAACUCACACAGGAGAACGUCCUUACCCAUGUGGGGAGUGUGGGAUGGCCUUCAAGCAUAGUACCCAUCUUGUUUUACAUAAACGCAAGCACACUGGUGAGCGGCCGUACAGCUGUCCUAAAUGUCCACGGACUUUUUCCCAGAGACCUCAGCUUCUAAAUCACCAAAAAAAACGUCAUGCAUAUGAAUAG